AACGAAAUAGCCAUACUCUGUUUUGGCUUCUCUCGCUCUUCUGCGUUCAUCUUCAUCAGGACUUAAUUUCCUGUAGCAGCAAUGAAGAGUAAAACUCUCGACUAUUUUAUGGUUCCGUUGGGACUUUCCGUCAUGGUGGCUUACCACAUCUGGCUUCUCUAUCGGAUCUUAAAGCACCCCACCAAGACGGUACUUGGUGUCAAUGCCAUCAACCGGGGCAUUUGGGUUCGAACUAUGAUGGAGGAUGCGUCCAAGAACGGCGUUCUUGCUGUGCAGACACUGAGAAACAACAUAAUGGCGUCGACGUUGCUGGCAACGACGGCAAUCAUGCUGAGCUCCUUCAUCGCGCUGUUAAUGAUCAACAGCGGUGAAAGGCCGUCCAAGUUGGUAUUCGGUGAUAAAAGCGAGCUUUGGUUCUCAAUCAAGAUUUUCUCCAUCUUGGUAUGCUUCUUGGCGGGUUUCCUCUUGAAUGUGCAGUCUAUUCGGUACUACAGCCAUGCAAGCAUCCUUAUCAACGUUCCAGUCAAAAAGGUCUCCUCACCUAUCCAUCCCCAUCUAACGCAGGAAUAUGUGGCUCGGGCCGUCAACAGAGGCAGCUAUUUCUGGUCUCUUGGAUUGCGUGCCUUCUACUUCUCCUUCCCUCUAUUCCUCUGGAUCUUUGGCCCAAUACCCAUGAUCAUCUGCUGUUUUGUUCUGGUUUUCCUGCUUUACUUCCUUGAUGUCACCUUUGAAUCAUCUGAUUUGGGAUCAUCUGUCGCCAACAGGGACGAGGAAGAAGGAACCUAGCUAGCUAGCUAGCUAGUUAAAAUAUGUUGUACAGAGACAUUAAUAAAUUCACAUUCAACCCAAGUUGAAUGGAGUUUCUGCGAUAGAAACCAGGACAAGAUGCUAAUAAUGGAAUUAUUAGCAUCAAUCCCGGAAGAAGUUUCCUUUUAUUUUCAAUAGAUUGGAAUAAUUUUUGUCUGGCUGAUCGUGUCGUGUAGGUUUUUAUCUGUGAGACUGUGAAUAUGGGGUUUUAUGGGCAGCGCCCUACCAAUAAAAUGGGCCAGACUAUUUCCUAACUUUUAUUUGUCUUUCAAAGGGUUCCAGUUCCACCA